AUGCUCGUACGCCAAGUUUGUGUCGCUCUGGCGAUCGCGGCUCUUUCUGGAGCCGUCCCAGCACCGGUGAAGCAUGUCUUGCAUGAGAAGCGAAGCGAGCAUUUGGAUUGGGUGAAGGGCGAGCGCAUUAAGCGUGAUUCUGUGCUGCCUGUGCGCAUUGGUCUUACCCAGAAUAAUUUGGAGAAGGGUGAUGAGUAUCUCAUGGCUGUUUCUGACCCCAGCUCCCCCAAAUAUGGACAGUAUUGGACUGCGGAGGAAGUUCAUGGUUUGUUUGCGCCUUCAAAGGAUUCUGUGGAAUCUGUUCGUCACUGGCUUGAAGCUUCUGGGAUUCAUGAGUCCCGGAUUGUACACUCCGAUAACAAGGGAUGGUUGGCUUUUGAUGCCUAUGCGCAUGAAGUGGAGGAUCUGUUCAAGGCUGAGUUCUAUGAACAUGAGCAUGCCAGCAGUUCCAGCAUCAAGAUUGGCUGUGAGGAGUACCACGUCCCUGAACAUAUCCAGGCACACAUUGACUAUAUUACUCCGGGUGUCAAGCUCAGCCCCAUCGUCAAGAAGACCACUAAGGAGAAGCGAGCGUCGCAUUUGGUUCAUUCCAAGGGCACGCCCGUGGGAAUUGAUGACUCUAUCAACACGGUUAUUCCCGAGAAGGCGAAGUCACUUCCUGCGGAUCUCCAGACAUGCGGAACCAACAUGACUCCGGCCUGCAUCAAGGCCUUGUACAAGAUUCCAAAUGCCACCAAGGCAAAGAAGGGCAACUCGCUUGGUCUCUACGAGCAGGGUGACUACUUUGCCAAGUCAGAUAUUGAUCUGUACUACAAAGCCUAUGCUCCUUGGAUCCCUCAAGGCACUUACCCCAUUCCUGCCUUGAUUGAUGGUGCCAACUUCUCGGUGCCUGAUUACAGCCCGCUGAAUACUGGUGAAUCGGAUAUUGAUAUUGACAUGGCUUAUGCCCUUAUCUACCCCCAGUCCGUGACUCUUUACCAGGUUGAUGACCAAAUCUAUGAACCGCAAGAGGUUGCGACCACCAACCUGUUCAACACUUUCCUUGACGCUCUCGAUGGUUCUUACUGCACAUACAGUGCCUUCGGUGAAAAGGGCGACAACCCUGAUAUCGACGCAGUCUAUCCCAAUCCCCAACCUGGUGGCUACAAGGGCAAGCUUCAAUGCGGUGUGUACAAGCCCACAAACGUCAUCAGCGCCUCCUACGGACAAGCCGAAGCCGAUCUCCCCGUCGCAUACACCAAGCGCCAAUGCAAUGAGUUCCUGAAGCUCGGCCUGCAGGGCCACUCCAUCCUAUUCGCCUCUGGCGACUACGGAGUCGCCUCCUUCCACGGCGACGGAAGUGCCAACGGAUGCCUGGGACCCGAGGGAAAGAUCUUCAACCCCCAAUACCCCUCCAACUGCCCCUACGUGACCUCCGUCGGAGGCACCAUGCUCUACGCGGACCAGACCGUCAACGAUGCCGAAAGCGUGAUGCACGCUAACUUGGGUGGUACCGCCGCCAACUUCAGCAGCUCGGGCGGCUUCUCCAACUACUUCCCGCAGCCUUUGUACCAGAGGAAAGCCGUGGAGAAGUACUUCAAGAAGGCCAAGCUGACUUACCCCUACUAUUCCGAGUUCGAAGUCAACCUUAACAAGACCAAGGGUCUCUACAACCGUAUUGGCCGUGCUUAUCCCGAUGUGUCGGCCAAUGGUGCCUUGUUCCCUGCUUACACCAAUGGAGCGCUGCACCACUUCUAUGGCGCUAGUUUGGCGUCGCCAUUGUUCGCUUCGGUUCUGAAUUUGAUCAACGAAGAACGGCUUGCCAGGGGCAAGCGCCCUGUUGGUUUCGUGAACCCCGUGCUCUAUGCUCACCCGGAGGUUCUUAACGAUAUCACCAACGGCACCAGUGCUGGAUGUGACUCGGACGGCUUCAGCGCUAUUCCAGGAUGGGAUCCCGUUACUGGAUUGGGCACACCUAACUAUCCCAAGUUGAAGAAUUUGUUCUUGUCUCUGCCUUAG